UGUCCGAGCUGUCCGAGCUGUCCGACGGAGUCCCGUCCUGCUCACGGCUCGGUGUCGGGCCGGACGCGCGGGGCUGUGGGCGCAGCACCCGGCAGGCGGAUCCCGGGCAGCCGCAGCGAGGCCCCGUCGGGCGCUACUUAUUGCCGCGCCCCCCUGGUACCUCCCUCUUUCCGGGGCAGGCGGCGAAGAUGGGGACGCCACAGAAGGAUGUUAUAAUAAAACCAGAUGCUCCGAGCACGUUGCUUUCAGAGAAGCAUGCGGACUACAUAGCAUCGUAUGGAACAAAAAAAGACGAUUACGAGUACUGUAUGUCUGAGUAUUUGAGGAUGAGUGGUGUUUACUGGGGGCUGACAGCAAUGGAUCUUAUGGGACAGCUGCACCGAAUGAACAAAGAAGAAAUUCUGGCAUUUAUCAAAUCGUGUCAACAUGAAUGUGGUGGAAUAAGUGCCAGCACAGGUCACGAUCCUCAUCUUCUGUAUACCCUGAGUGCUGUCCAGAUUCUCAUCUUAUAUGAAAGUCUCCAUGUUGUUGAUGUAAAUAAAAUUGUUGAAUAUAUACAGAGCUUGCAGAAAGAAGAUGGAUCAUUUGCUGGAGACAAAUGGGGAGAAAUAGAUACAAGGUUCUCCUUCUGUGCCGCAGCAACCCUUGCACUUCUUGGAAAACUGGAUGCUAUUGAUGUGGGGAAGGCAGUAGAAUUUGUUUUGUCCUGUAUGAACUUUGAUGGAGGAUUUGGCUGUAGGCCAGGUUCUGAGUCACAUGCAGGACAGAUCUAUUGUUGCACAGGAUUUCUGGCUAUUACAGACCAGUUGCAUCAAAUAAACGUUGACUUGCUGGGUUGGUGGCUUUGUGAACGUCAGCUCCCUUCUGGAGGUCUCAAUGGGCGACCGGAGAAGUUACCUGAUGUAUGUUAUUCGUGGUGGGUUCUGGCAUCUCUGAAGAUGAUUGGCAGAUUACAUUGGAUUGACAGAGAGAAACUGCGUGGCUUUAUUUUGGCUUGCCAGGACGAGGAGACUGGAGGAUUUGCUGACAGACCAGGAGAUAUGGUGGAUCCAUUUCACACUUUGUUUGGAAUUGCUGGACUAUCCUUACUGGGGGAGGAACAAAUUAAGGCUGUCAAUCCUGUCUUCUGUAUGCCAGAAGAUGUCCUUCGAAGAAUAAAUGUACAGCCUGAGCUUGUGAGCUAAAUCUCAUGGAGACAGCAAGUUGCUAUACCCUCUUGGUUUGGUUUUACUGAUUGGAAGUCAUCUUUGAAGCUUAGGAUAUUCUUAAUAUUUUUCUUUGAGAUGUGUUUACAUUAUUACAGUAAAGCAGCAACUUUACUGUGGUCUUUGUCACUUUGUGAACUGUAUUGUAACAGGCUUGUUGUAGUAUUCUGAGUGUAAUAUGUUCUUCAAUUGUACAUAAGAGAUGUAGAAAUGUUUCUGAUCUGUAUCUAAGUAUAUGGGCUUUUUUUUUUUUUUAAUAACCAGAUAGAAACAGCAUUGUGAAUAGCUUUUUUUUUUCUUUCUUUCUAUUCCUGCAUUGUCAACCAUGGUAGCAUCUAUCUUUAUGCAAGCAUGUUUUGAUGGUGUAUCACACAGCACUUUAGGAGAAUACAGGAAAAAAAACACCCAACUUAAGCCAUGCACUUAAUGCCAAACACUUCUAUGUGUAAUUCUUUCAUGCUUGACCUCACAUCUAUAUACUCAGAUGAAAGCUAGUUCUUUUGAUAGUAAUCGUUACCAGUGAAAGCAACAAAAAAUAUGAUUUCUAUUAAAUACAGGAGUAUACUUCAAUUACUGGUGAAGUUCCUUUUGACAAAAUUCCCGAUAGUUGAAAUGGAACAUACCUUGAGUGUAUCUACAUUGAAAAUUGCUAAUGUUAAUCAUUCUGGAGAAAUUCUCCAUAGGUAUGUGACUUGCAGCUGAAUAUUGUGUUGUAUUAGGUGGGUAUGAACUCGGUAUGUAACGCAAUAGGCUUUCCCGUGCUCAGUAGUGCAUAUGUAUGAGAUGAAAUAGGAGACCUAUAUAAGGGACUCACGCAGUCGAAUAAACACCAUUUUGCCUCUCACCACAUUGGUGUAAGGACCAGCGUGUAACUUGGUCGGGGCCAUCAAAGCACCUUACUGAGGGACGUGACUUCCAAGGUUAUCAGAUCAGGUAACAAUAUAGUGCUGAUCAUAAGUUUGUUGCUGGACUAAAAUUCAGGUUUUGCAGCUUUUAAGAAUAAAAAUUGCCAACACUUUGAGAUGUAAUUGAGGGUUAAAUUAGCCAUGGAAAACAGUCAUCUGAAAUAUUAAAUCUUGUCUAUUCAGAAGCCCUAAAACUGUAUGUCACUAUACCCUCCUGCAUGCAGUCUUAAACAGAGCUCUGCUUCACAGUAAAAUGUAGUUGUGAAGGGGAAGAAGUUGUCUUUGAUAAUCUCUGUAUGUAUACUUAAAAAAAAGGUCUAAAACUAUUUCAACACUUUUGAUCACCAGCUGGUUAGUUUUAUCCAACCCAUUCAUCUUAGAGAAAAGGCACAGUGACUUUCUGGGAAAUUCAGAGACUGUUUGCUCAAAUAUAAUGUGUGGGGUUUGUUUUUUUUUUUUAACCUUUAGAUUUCCAAAAGCUUUUAGAUGAUGAUUUAAAAAAAAAAAAAAAUCAAAAUGGUUCCCUUCUAAUGGUUCCAUUUCCUGGUGAAUUAUUUGGUCAAAGCCUGGAAUUUAUUUUUUCAAGAUUUGGAAUUAAGUUAAGGUUGACUUUUUGUUGAGUAUGGGGGGAAAUGAGAGCACUGAUUAUAGUUGUUUUUUGUUUUUUGUUUUUUUAAAUUUGUAAAAAUAAAGUUAAGAAGAAAUAACCUCACAUUCUGGGUUGUUUUUGUAAGUGCCACUUUUUUUAUUCAUAGCUUCUUUAGCCAGUGUGUAGGGAUUUGCUACUUUUUCCAUGUUAUAUAGAGAUAACGAUAUGGUUUGUAAUUUCUGGUUUAGUAUAGACUGAGACAUUCUGGGAAUUAAAAUUUGGAUGAUACUUCAUGAAAGUGUAGAACACUGUGGUCUGAAAUCCUGAUAAUGUUAUUGGAACUUUUCUCUGAAUGAGGACUGGUCACCUUGAUUUAAGAUGUAAUUAAUAAAGAUCAUGUUAUGCAGAUUGCAAGUUAAAAA